CUCACCUGUAAGAUGCCUUCUAGCUAUGUCAUUCCAAGAUUUAAUGAGGGAGGAAAAAGAUAAUUAAAAAUGAAUUCCCUAAGCAUUCAGUUCAAUGAGAGGGAUGCGAAUUCCCUGAAGACAGAGGCCCACACACUUCCCUUGUACUCUCUGAGCACCUGGCCACAGGUCUCAAGAGUUCCUCACUCAUAGGUCUCAGACGCAUGGGAAAGACAAACGCGUAAAAUGAUGGUUACAGAGACAGGUAAGUGUGGAAAGAGCUGGUGGGGGGCGGGGUGGGCAGCGAGAGCAGUAGGCCGUGGGGGGUGUGUGUGUGUGUGUGUGUGUGUGUGCGCGCGAGGGUUGGGGGGUCUGCCCAGAAAUGGGCAAAGGUCCUGUGAGUGUAAACAGAGAGGGAUCAGAGGCAGCUCUUCCGCAAGGCCAAGUUCAGCCUUAGUGCGAGGGCUAGAGAGGAGGGAGUGUGUGUUGAAGGCAAGGUUCUUAAAAUAAACCUUCAGAGACGCGAUUGGUGACACAACACCACGCACGGCCCAGCUGCAGUCCCCGCCCCCUCCCACCACACCCACUAGUCCGCGACUUGGUAUGCUCCGCCACCACAAUAAGCCUCCUUCCUCCGGGGUGCUAUUGGUACAGCCCAAGCCCCGAGAGUUGAAACCCAAAGAAAGACACUCCCAUUGUCACGCCCGCUGCUCUGAUUGGCUGGAAAAUUUAAAGAUCCGGCCGGUGAUAGGGUGAUUCUCUACACCCAGUAUUUGAAAGUUUCUAGUGUCCUACUUUUGACUGCAUGCCGACUUUGCUCAGCUUGUUCGUCCGAGUGCUGGCGCAAUGAGACCUGCUUGGCUGCAUAUAAGCCAGUGAACGUACCUGGAAGACAGAAGGCGCUGAUUACCUGCUGAGUGCCUUGAGUACGGAGCUCAGUACCCUGCUUACCUCCACACGUGAGAGUCCCCUGCUUCCUGGGGAGAAGACUCAGGAUUCUCGUGCCCGCCCUGGGUCUCUUGGAAGCAGGCUUCUUUUCUGCUCAGGGGAUCCCUUCUUCUGUGGCCCUUGUCGGACAGCCGAGGUUCCCCAACCCUGGGUGCACUUGACGCUGCCCAUCCGCCGCUCUGGAAAUUACUGUGUAGGAGAGUAAUUUCUAAGAGAAUUUCCGGUUCGCCCCAGGACCCUUUUACCUUCUCCGUGAACUCUUUGUGUUACCAGUGACAGCCCCGGGACCCUUUGUGGCUAUGACCCGGCUCCCCGUCCUGACCUCUAUACCACCUAUGAUGUCCCCUGAGUCCCCGUGACCCCUGCGCUCCGGUCUUUUUGCAGACCUGCAGGGUUGGUGGCGAUGCUGUCGGGCACCGAGGCAGCGGCAGCGGAAUGCGCGGACGCGGAGCUGCGGUGCCGUGUUGCUGUGGAGGAGUUGAGCCCGGGCGGGCAGCCGCGAAGGCGCCAGGCCCUACGCACCGCGGAGCUGAGACUGGGUCGUAACGAGCGCCGCGAGUUGAUGCUGAGGCUGCAGGCGCCCGGGCCCGCGGGGCGGCCGCGGUGCUUUCCCCUGCGCGCCGCGCGCCUCUUCACGCGCUUCGCCGCGUCCGGGCGCAGCACUCUUCGGCUUCCAGCCGACGGCGCUCCCCGGACCGGCGCCGUGCAGCUGCUGCUCUCCGACUGCCCCCCUGACCGCCUGCGCCGCUUCCUGCGCACUCUGCGCCUCAAGCUGGCCACGGCCCCGGGUCCCGGGCCGGCCUCCGCCCGCACGCAGCUGCUUGGCCCGCGGCCCCGCGACUUCGUCACCAUCAGCCCGGUGCAGCCCGAGGAGCUGCGGCGCGCGGCGGCCACUUGUGUCACGGACUCCACGCCGGUGAAGCAGCCCACGGAGCCCCGGUCGGGGGCCAAGCCCAGCACCGAAGUCCGAAGGUGGCCCCUGCCUGUGAAGAAGCUGAGCUUGCCCCCCACCAAACCAGAGCUUUCCAGGGAACAGGCUGCUGUGCUGAGGGUUGUCCUGAAAGGCCAGAGCAUUUUCUUCACUGGGAGUGCAGGUAGUGGGGGGCAGAGUGGGUGUGGGGAGAACAGUGGUGUGCUAGGAUGGAGGAGAAGUGGCCCUGACUUUGCCCUCUGCCCAGGGACGGGGAAAUCUUAUCUGCUGAAGCGUAUCCUGGGCUCACUGCCUCCCACAGGCACUGUGGCCACUGCCAGCACUGGGGUGGCAGCCUGCCACAUCGGGGGUACUACCCUCCAUGCCUUUGCAGGCAUUGGCUCGGGCCAGGCUCCCCUGGCCCAGUGUGUGGCCCUGGCCCAGCGGCCAGGUGUGCGGCAGGGCUGGCUGAACUGCCAGCGGCUAGUCAUUGAUGAGAUCUCCAUGGUGGAAGCGGACCUAUUUGACAAGCUGGAGGCUGUGGCCAGAGCUGUCCGGCAGCAGAACAAGCCAUUCGGAGGGAUCCAGCUUAUCAUCUGUGGGGACUUCCUGCAGCUGCCGCCUGUAACCAAGGGAUCCCAGCCCCCGCAGUUCUGCUUCCAGGCCAAGAGCUGGAGGAGAUGUGUCCCAGUGACCCUGGAGCUGACAGAGGUGUGGAGGCAGACGGACGAGACCUUCAUCUCUCUGCUGCAAGCUGUGCGGCUGGGCAGGUGCUCAGAUGAGGUCACCCGCCAGCUCCGGGCCACGGCUGCCCACAGGGUGGGGCGAGAUGGGAUUGUGGCCACGAGGCUCUGCACCCACCAGGAUGAUGUGGCCCUUACCAACGAGAGGCAGCUGCAGAAACUACCAGGUGAGGUACACAGCUUUGAGGCCAUGGACAGUGACCCUGAGCAAGCCCGGACCCUGGAUGCCCAGUGUCCCGUCAGCCAGCUCCUUCAGCUAAAGCUGGGGGCUCAGGUGAUGCUGGUGAAGAACUUGGCAGUGUCUCGGGGCCUGGUAAAUGGUGCCCGAGGGGUGGUAGUUGGGUUCGAAGCCGAGGGGAGAGGGCUGCCCCAGGUGCGGUUCCUGUGUGGAGUCACCGAGGUCAUCCGUGCCGACCGCUGGAUGGUGCAGGCCACUGGGGGCCGGCUUCUCAGCCGGCAGCAGCUGCCCCUCCAGCUGGCCUGGGCCAUAUCCAUCCACAAGAGCCAGGGCAUGUCCCUGGAUUGCGUGGAGAUCUCUCUGGGCCGUGUGUUUGCCAGCGGCCAGGCCUAUGUGGCCCUUUCCCGGGCCCGCAGCCUGCAGGGCCUGUGUGUGUUGGACUUUGACCCCAUGGUGGUUCGCUGUGACCCCCGUGUGCUGAGCUUCUAUGCUACCCUGCGGCAGGACAGGGGCCUCAGCCUGGUAAGAGGGAGUCACCCAGUGGUGACUGCCAUGUGGCCAUGGGCAGCCUGGGAGCUAGGACAGAGGGAAGGCCAAAGGACCAUGGGGAGGGGGUGGCAGAGCCUCCUCUGGCUCCGUUGGCAGCAGGGGCAAGAGGAAGGAGAUGCUGGCCCCCAGGCUAUGACUCAGGGGUGGCACAAGCCCGUGACUGGGUUUCUCUGGCUCUGAUAUAGGAGUCCCCAGAUGACGAUGAGGCAGCCUCAGACCAGGAGAACGUGGACCCGAACCUUU